CCAUUACAGCCCGAAGUCGCCCAGGCUGCCGCACUGAGUAGUACGAGCAGCAGCGACACCGAUUAUUCGACACACAGCGACACGCGUUACGAUCAGUUACGUGAAAAGGCGGAAGGCCUGAUAAUAGAAAAUCAGGCCUUACAAAAAUCAAAUGAAGCCUUAAAAAAAUCAAAUGAGGCCUUACAAAUCCGUCUGAGAGAAGCAGAACAAGCAAACGAAAAUGUUUCGAGAGAAAAUUCGGAGUUAAAAAAAGAACGGAGGACCUUACUAAACCAAAUUCAAGAGUUAAGUGGGAAAGUAAGGAUAAUGUGUCGAGUGCGUCCACCGACACCAAAAGAAACUCUGGAGAAUAAACCGUUGUGUAAUAUAUGCGUAAAAAACGAUAUUAUCAUUGACGUUAAGAAAUCGGAUGGAUCGUCAGAUGCAAGGAGCUGUAGUGGAAAGCUACGAGAAACAAAACAAGAAUUUUUAUUCGAUAGAGUAUUUGAUCGCGAUUCUUCACAAGCAGAUGUGUUUGAAGAAUUAUCCCUUUUAGUACAAUCAGCACUUGAAGGAUUUAAUGUUUGUAUAUUUGCUUAUGGUCAGACUAAUUCUGGCAAGACGUAUACUAUGGAAGGCUCGAAGGAAGGAGAAUGUGGAUUACAGACCGAGGGCAUGAUACCUAAAACAGUACGUCAUAUAUUUGAACAAAUGAAACAACUCGAACUUCAUGGUUGGAAGUAUGAAAUAGAAGCAAGUAUUUUGGAGAUUUAUAACGAGCGUAUCGUUGAUCUUAUCCAUCACGAUGAAUUCAAGAAACAUGAAAUUCGAGUGGAUAAGAAUAAUAAAGAUAUGGAGGUAACCAACCCGCAAAUUAAAAAAAUAGGCAGUGAAGAAGAAUUACACGAAUGCCUACGAACUGCACAAUACAACCGAAGAGUUGCACCUACUCAGUCAAAUGAACGAUCAUCCAGAUCUCAUUCAGUAACAAAAAUACGCUUGAUUGGUACAAAUGAUACGAAAAAAAAAGUAGGAAGCAUAAAUUUAAUUGACCUAGCAGGGUCUGAAAGCGUAAAACAUGAUCUCAGUCCAUCUACAGAAACAAAAAAUAUUAACAAAUCGUUAAGCAGUCUGGGCAAUGUAAUUUCGGCACUGUCACGUAAUCAGGAACACAUACCAUACAGGGAUUCUAAAUUGACCUUCCUGCUUAUGCCUUCUCUAUCAAGCAAUUCAAAAAUUUUGAUGUUAUUAAAUAUAUCUCCAUUAGAGGAAUGCUAUUUGCAGACUAUAACAACCCUAAGAUUUGGAAGUGCAAUAACGAGUUCCAAUACAGGAAGUAUUAAAGAGAGGAGCCCGCGUCAUCUACGUACGCCGUCCCCAA